AUGGAUAGAGCUAAAUUGUUUCUUAGACUGAAUCAGGAAUCUAAUGAGACUACAGCGAUAGAGGACGACACUCUGACGUUUAAAUCUGUUCAAGAUGAAGAUUUCCAGGUGUUUCGAUUCGAUAAGGUGUUUCAGGAGACCCAGUUGGCCGACCAAACACAGAAAUUAUUGAUUGAACCGAUUACAAAGAAUGCUAUUGAUGGCAUCAGCUCCACUGUAGUGUUGUGUGGGGAUAAUGACUUGACAUUAGCUAACGAUACCAUUUUCCAACAGUUGAUACCGCAAUUGGGAAGUUUCCUGGAGGACCGUACUAUAGAUGAAUUGAUAGAUAUAACUCUUUUGGAUGGAACCACAAGUUUACCCGUUGAAAGAUGGAACGAUAUAGGGGUAUUCCAACCUGGUUCUGAGAAUGGUAAAGUGCUGACGAUACACAUUCGUAAUAUAGAUACAAAUGAGGAUAAGAUAGUCUCUAGUUUUAUAAAUAUUUUGCUGUUAAAGAAUCCGGAAACGCUAACCAAAUACAAACACUCCAAGGAUAAUUCUUCAUUGGGUAAAAAAGUACGUCAGAUACUGUCUGAAACAGCGGGAGAUUUGUAUAUUUUCCUACAUUCUAUUAUCACGCCAGUGAACCAAUCAGAGAUAUUGGAUUUGUUUCAAAGGAUAGGGUUAUUUAAAGAAAAUUGGAUCAAUUCACAUUUACGUGAUGUUAAUGUGUUGAAUCAAACUAAGAAAGAACAUAAUGUAAUCAAGGAUUAUACGGUAAUGGAUAAGGCAUACAUGAAACAAAUGAGCUUAUUGGAGGAUGAGAUACAAAGUUAUAGACAAAUUGAUGAACAAACGCAAUUAUCAAUGGAGGAUACAGAUAAAUUGACGAUGAAAUUACAAAUGUCGGAGGAAUCGAAUGCAAAAUUACAUCAUCAGAUUGAAAGUAUGAGACAACUCUUACAGGAUUCAAAUGAAAAUUCAGAUAUAUUGAAUGCAUAUUUGGAUAAAUCGAUAACUUAUAACAAACUCAUGGAUGAUUUAUCAAUCGUUACAGAACAAAAUAAAAUUUUUAACAGGAUAGAAAUUAUAGAACAACAAUAUUCAAACAUGUUACGAGAAAACAAUAACUCUUUGAACCAUUUACUACAAUCUCAAUCGGAACAAGAAUUUGUGUUACAACAAGAGAGUGUAGAUUUAAAGAUGAAAUUACAAGACAUUGUUCAAUCGAAUAUAUCACUUGAAUCGAAAUUACAACCACAAUCGCUUUUCAAUACAGCAACGUUAAUGUCACCAUCAUCAAUAAUGUCAUCAACUCAUAGUUAUAAGACAAGCAUAUCAUCAUCGACUUCCUCAUUGGGAAGUAACAUUACAAGUGACACCGAAACCACUACUACACAUUCAAAGACAUCGCAUUUACCAUUAUCAUUAAACUCAGGGUUUCAAUUAAAAAUAUUGAGACCGAAAUAG